GCCGUACCCGCCUUCUGCGGGCGCUACAGACCGGCAACAGUCCAAGGAGCCGGCUGGAGUGCCUCUCUCCGCUGUCUACAUCGAUGAGGAGGGCCGGGCCGAUAUGAGUUGGCGCAAUGUGCCCGACUCCAAGAAGCCCCCAGGGGCGCUAAGUGGCCCUGGCCAUGGCAAAGGCAAGGGCGUGGGAAAACAGACCCAAGCGGUCGAGGAUGCCUACGGGCCAGGACCGAUAAUGGAUGAGGUUAAUCCUCGCGAUCCGCUAUUUGAUUAG